AUGACCGCGACAUUGUGGAACAUUGGAAAAGGUACAUCGAGGAACUGUACUCGGGAUAAGGAUUGGAUGAAACAUGAAGAUCUAGUGCAAGAAGACAAAAAUGGCCCAGCUAUAUUAAAGGAAGAGUUCAUGAAGGCUUUAAAAGGUAUUCAAAACGGCAAAGCAGCAGGAGAUGAUAAAAUUCACAUUGAAAUGAUUAAAUAUUCUGAUUGCGACCUCUUAAUAGACGAAACAUUUAAUUUAAUUCAAGAAAUGUACAUGACAGGACAAAUACCAAAUGAUUUUCAGAUUACUAAAACUGUUACUCUACCUAAAAAACUAAACACACUCAAAUAUGAGGAACAUACAACCCUUGGUAUAAUUUCGCAUUCCAGCAAAAUUCUCUUAAAAAUAAUUCAGAUUCGAAUAACAUCAAUAGCCGAACAAUACCUCGGGUCAGACCAAUACGGUUUCAGACAAAAUAGAGGCACACAGGCUGAUGCCUAA